ACACAAAUCAUUCUAGCUUGUAAGACAACCUACAGCAACCCAAUAUAAUAUAACAACUUGAUAUAUUUUUCAUGCCAAUUCUUUAUUUCCACAUCUAAUCCUGGCACAGCUCUUGAAUGCAUGCAUGCCCCUUUCAGAUUUCGUGUUUGAUUUUGUUGUGUAAGUAGAACAUGAGAGAUCGUAAGGAAAGAUUUGUAGUUCUUCCCUUCUCCAUCGGCUGUGCUUCUCAGUCUAGUGUUGCGGUGGCCACCGCCGCUGAACCCUGCAAGAAACCAAAACAUGAGACCAAAUCAUCACAUGCAACAAGAAGACGGGAAGGGGAAGAAAUCUCUUGUCAAGAAAAGACGAAGAGUACUACAUCCAGUUCCCUGGCUCUUCCAAAGCCUAACAUGUCCAGUGGUAUGCACAAACUCGUUAGGGGCAUCAAAAGCCUGUCCCACAUAUUUGUGUACAAAGAAGAUGAUGACAACAGAAUUGAAGAAGAGAUGGAGAUCGGAUAUCCGACUGAUGUGAAGCAUUUAACACACAUUGGGUUGGAUGGUUCCACUACUACAACGACAACGACAAAUCCUAUUAAGGCCUGGGAAAGUAUGAAGCCUCCGGAAAUAAUUUCAUUCCCUUCUCUUUCUUUAAGACACUUGGAGCUUGCUAUGGGUGCACAGGCUCAUGGACCUCUUGUUGAGGUCGAUCAUUCCACGCUCUCUUGAAUGAUGGGAAUUCUUUAACUUCCACGUCCUCAUCGUGUUUUUUAGCACCUGGUGAAUGGGAGACGAAGACGACGGAUCAAUGUUUUUGAUGGAGGCCCUCCCUCGUCGCAUGAUGUGUUGAUCAUGAUGAUUUGUGUAUAGAACUUGACAAUGUUUUUUCGGAUGGAGAUUGUGUUGGAAAAUUAUUAUUAUUAUUAUUAUUA